UUGUAGCGUCGUAAUACAGUUCUAUAGCUUUCCUCUUUAUUUUAGAUCUAACGUUCUAUCCAACAGGAGGCGAUCAACAACAUUAUUUUUCAAGAUGAAUUUACAAACUCCAUCAAUUCAAAAUUUUUUAAUGAAACUUUCAUCUCAAGCAGCGGAAUUCUUUGUUGGUGUGCUCAAAGCAUUAAAUGAAGCAGCUUUGCCUGCAAUUAGUGCACUCUUUGGGGGAUUACUUGGUGGACCAAUAUGUUUAGCAAUAGGUGGUAUUGUUGGAUCUUGUGCAGCAGCUGCUAUAGGACUGGGAUAUUGUAAAGUUUUAGCUGACAUUAUUGAAAAUUUAGCUUCAGCUGCAAAACAUCUUGUUAAAAACAUACGUAUAGAAGAUCUAAGGCCAUUGCUAAUUUUGUUAUUAAAUUUUCGUUCAAUAACAUAUUAAUGUAAACGCCUGACAAUUAUGUUUACUUAUUUUCACAUAAAAUGUGUGAGUAAUUA